AUGGGGACAGAGAAUGAGACACAGAUUUCAGAAUUCCUUCUUCUGGGAAUUUCAGAGGACCCAGAACUGCAGCCUUUCCUCUUUGGGCUUUUCCUCUCCAUGUACCUGGUCACUGUGCUGGGGAACCUGCUCAUCAUCCUGGCCACCAUCUCAGACUCCCACCUGCACACACCCAUGUACUUCUUCCUCUCCAACCUGUCUUUUGUGGACAUCUGCUUCACCUCCACCACCAUCCCAAAGAUGCUGGUGAACAUCCAGACAAGGAGCAAGGUCAUAACAUAUGAGGGAUGCAUCCUACAGAUAUAUUUUUUCAUACUCUUUGGAGUUUUGGACAAUUUCCUUCUGACUGUGAUGGCUUAUGAUCGCUUCGUAGCUAUCUGUCACCCUCUGCACUACACAGUCAUCAUGAAUCGUCGACUCUGUGUGUUGCUGGUGCUGGCAUCCUGGAUCACCAGUGCCCUGAAUUCCAUGUUGCAAAGCUUAAUGGUGUUGCGGCUGUCCUUCUGCACAGACAUGGAAAUCCCCCACUUUUUCUGUGAACUUAAUCAGGUGGUCCUUCUGGCCUGUUCUGACACUUUUCCGAAUGACAUGGUAAUGUAUUUUGCAGCAGGAUUGCUGUUUUGUGGUCCCCUGGCUGGCAUCCUUUACUCCUACUCCAAGAUAGUGUCCUCCAUCCGUGCAAUCUCUUCAGCUCAGGGCAAGUACAAAGCCUUCUCCACCUGUGCAUCUCACCUCUCUGUGGUCUCCUUAUUCUAUUGCACUUGCCUAGGGGUGUACUUCAGUUCAUCUGCUACACACAACUCACACUCCAGUGCCACAGCCUCAGUGAUGUACUCCGUGGUGACCCCCAUGCUGAACCCCUUCAUCUACAGUCUGAGGAAUAAGGACAUCAUGGGAGCUCUGAGAAGACCCUUCAGUCGGAAGCUCUAG